AAAACAGGAUAACACAUGCGUGUUAUGUAUGAUGUUGACCAAGGAAAGGCAUGCCUCUUGCGUUUUGCAUGCGUUUUGAAGCUACAGCAUUUGCGUAAAUACAGUACAAUACAAUACAAGAACUCCUUGUGCUAUCAGAAUUGCCAGUUUAUGCCAGGGCAGAUGAAGGGACAUGAUGCACAGCCAGCCACUUGUGAGCAGGAAUCAUGUUGUACAGUGGCUUCAUCAGAGUGUACACCUAGUUUACCAAUGAUAGAUGGAACAUCCUGUCUGGAGAAACAACAGUGUCAGGGAGGAAGCGUAUUCCUUCCUGUGAGACUGAGCAUCAUGAAAGCUGCAUGUGUGACACGAUUACAGGGUUUGAAUCCCAGCAGGGACAAGAUCUCUUUCUUCUCCACAAUGACCAGACAGGCUCUGGGUCCUACCCAGCCUCCUAUGCAAUGCGUACCACAGGUAAAGCAGCUGGGGCAUGAAGAUGACCAGUUGUCUCUGUCCAGCCCAGAAGUCAAGAAUGGAAAAUACACUGUAACAGAAGAACUCUGGGAGUGA